AUGCCAAUCCCGAUCUUCUGCUUGUGCUUGCAGGCCUUGCUCGAUAAGUCCUCACGGCACUGCUCCAGUAGCGUGCUGCCGCCGAUGCCGAUGCCGCGGGGCUCGGCGGAGAAGCGCUCGACGCCGAGCGGGGCCCAUGUGACGCUGCCGCGGGGCAAGGGAUCUAUGUCCAAAGCCGCCGUGCGCGGCGGAGCGGCCGCCUGGCAGUUCUUGCGCUGUGCCUGCCAAGCCUCAGCCGAUCUUGCCUCCACAGUUCUCCUUGAGCGGGACAAGUACUCCGCGCUCGGCGGCGGUUUACUCGGCGGGGCAACCAUGUGGACGGGCGCGAUGGCGACGCUCGCCCAAAGGUUAACUCGCCGCGCGUCAAAGGAGGUGAUCACCGUCCCGUGCCGGGUAAACGAUUUCUUUUUUAUCGCUCGAUGCCCUGCCUCAUUUUGA